AUGUCCGCCCUAGAAACCAAAAAAGUUCUUGAAGAAAAAUUAUCCCCAGUUGUCAAACAAGCCAUUGAAUUUUCAAAGACAUCCACAAAGGGAAGAAAAUUCAGUCCAUUAUCACCACAUUCAGCCUUCUCUUUGAUUGAUUCAACUGCUGAAACCAAACAAAAAUGGUCUGAUAUUGGUCUUGAAGCCAUCUCUAAAGGUGAAGUUGGUGUCAUCUUAAUGGCUGGUGGUCAAGGUACCAGAUUAGGUUCUUCUAAACCAAAAGGUUGUUACAACAUUGGUUUACCAUCAAAUAAAUCAUUAUUCCAAAUCCAAGCUGAAAAAAUCAUUAAAGUUCAAACAUUAGCCAAUGAAAAACACAACACAAAUGCUAAAAUUUAUUGGUAUAUUAUGACUUCUAAACCAACUAGAGCUGAUACUGAACAAUUCUUUGUUGAUAAUAAAUACUUUGGUUUAGAAUCAUCACAAGUUACAUUCUUCAAUCAAGGUACAUUACCAUGUUUUGAUAAAAAUGGUGAACAAAUUCUUUUAGAAUCUACAGAUGCAAUUGCUCAAUCACCAGAUGGUAACGGUGGUCUUUAUAAAGCUAUUCACACUAAUGGUUUAUUAGAAGAUUUCACAAAUAAAGGUAUCAAACAUAUUCAUAUGUACUGUGUUGAUAAUGUCUUGGUUCGUGUUGCUGAUCCUGUCUUUAUUGGGUUCUCCAUCGAUAAAAAAUUCUUAUUAAGUACUAAAGUUGUUAGAAAGAGAGAUGCUUCAGAAUCCGUUGGUUUGAUUGUAUUGGAUGCUUCUAAUAAUAGACCAUCUGUCAUUGAAUAUAGUGAAAUUGAUCCAAAAUUAGCUGAACAAAAAGAUGAAGAUGGUCUUUUACAUUUCAGAGCUGCUAAUAUAGUUAACCAUUAUUAUUCUGUUGAAUUAUUAAAAGAAAGAAUUCCUAAAUGGGUUGAUAAUCAAGAAUUUUUACCAUUCCAUAUUGCAUACAAAAAAAUUCCAUCAUUAAACAGUGAAGGAGUUUUUGAAAAACCAACUGAACCAAAUGGUAUCAAAUUAGAACAAUUUAUCUUUGAUGUCUUUAAAGAUAUCGAAAAUGAAAGAUUUGGUUCCUUAGAAGUUGAAAGAUCUGAAGAAUUCUCACCAUUAAAGAAUGGUUCAGGUGCUGCUAAUGAUACUCCAGAAACAAGUGUUGCUAACUACUUAGAUUUAAGUACUAAAUGGGUGAAGGCUCAAGGUGCUGAAGUUGAUGGUAAAGUUGAAGUUAGUAGUUUGACUUCAUAUGCUGGUGAAGGUUUAGAAUCCGUUAAGGGUAAAAAAUUAGAAAACUUACAAAUUGUUUAA